AUGAACAUUCCCAAAGUGCAAAAUUCAACCUCGCCCGGUCGGGCCAAGGCUGGAACAAGCUCGGCCAUCUUCACCAGGAAACCGAGACUCAAUGGCUAUCCACGAAGAAAGAAUAAGCAGAGUAUCCAGUCGACCGGUUCGGUUGUGGUUGUUACAAUCUAUAUACCAAGCAACGUCAUUGGGUGCCGCUACCCCGGCGUAACGUACCGUUGCGGGCCUUGGGAGCUGCGACUUCAGGAGCUUCAGUUAGCCUCCGAACCACCUUUGACCCUUUGA